UUUUACCUAAAUCGUAGAAAUUUAGCUUUUUUCCUUCCUCGGAGCUGAAGAUAUUUUAAAGAAGAAUUAACUUCUCUCUCCUCUAGUUGAACAUUUUCUAGCAGUAAGAGCCAUGCAAAUAGCACUCUCCACUUGCUUCUUUCUGAGCCUUUUCAAUUUUGCCUCUAGUGCCACCAGAAGAUACUACCUGGGUGCAGUAGAGCUGUCCUGGGACUAUGUGCAUAGUGACCUGCUCAGUGAGCUGCAUACGGACAUCAGAUUUCAUCCUAGAAUACCAACACCUUUCCCAUUCAACAUGUCUAAUGUGUACAAAAAGACGGUGUUUGUAGAGUAUACGAACCACCUUUUCAACACUGCCAAGCCCAGGCCACCCUGGAUGGGUCUGACGGGUCCUAUCAUUUGGGCUGAGGUUCAUGACACUGUGGUCAUUACACUUAAGAACAUGGCUUCUCAUCCUGUCAGCCUUCAUGCUGUUGGUGUAUCCUACUGGAAAGCUUCUGAGGGAGUUGAAUAUGAUGAUGAGACAAGCCAAAGGGAGAAGGAAGAUGAUAAAGUUUUUCCUGGCGAGAGUCAUACCUAUGUUUGGGAAGUCCUGAGAGAGAAUGGUCCAAUGACCUCAGAUCCUCCAUGUCUCACCUAUUCAUAUCUAUCUCAUGUGGAUCUGGUGAAAGAUAUGAAUUCAGGUCUCAUUGGGGCUCUGCUGGUAUGUAAAGAAGGGAGUCUGUCCAAAGAAAGGACACAGAUGUUGCACCAAUUUGUACUACUUUUUGCUGUAUUCGAUGAAGGGAAGAGCUGGCACUCCGAAACAAAGGACUCCUUCACACAGGCUACUGAUUCUGCAUCCACUGGAGCCUGGCCUAAAAUGCACACAGUCAAUGGAUAUGUAAACAGGUCUCUGCCAGGUCUAAUUGGAUGCCACAGAAAAUCAAUAUACUGGCAUGUCAUUGGAAUGGGCACCACCCCUGAAGUGCACUCAGUAUUCCUUGAAGGUCACACAUUUCUCGUGAGGAACCAUCGUCAGGCCUCCUUGGAGAUAUCACCAAUAACUUUCCUUACUGCUCAGACAUACUUCAUGAAUCUUGGACAGUUUCUUCUAUCUUGCCAUAUCUCUUCCCACCAACAUGGUGGCAUGGAAGCUUAUGUGAAAGUAGAUAGCUGCCCAGAGGAACCCAAACUGCAGAGGAAAAGCAACAAAGAAAUGGAAGAUUAUGACGAUGAUCUUGAUUCUGAGAUGGAUGUAUUCACAUUUGAUGGUGACAACUCUCCUUUUAUCCAGAUCCGCUCAGUUGCCAAGAAGUAUCCCAAAACUUGGAUACAUUAUAUUGCUGCUGAGGAAGAAGACUGGGACUAUGCUCCUUCAGUUCCCAUUUUGGAUGAUGAUGGAAGUUAUAAAAGCCAAUAUCUGAGCAAUGGCCCUCACAGGAUUGGUAGAAAAUAUAAAAAAGUUAGAUUUGUGGCGUAUACAGAUGAAACAUUUAAGACUCGUGAACCUACUCAGCAGGAAUCAGGAAUCUUGGGACCUUUACUUUAUGGGGAAGUUGGAGACACACUGUUGAUUAUAUUCAAGAAUCAAGCAAGCCGGCCAUAUAACAUUUUCCCUCAUGGAAUCACUGAGGUCAGUCCUCUAUACUCACGGAGACUGCCAAAAGGUGUAAAACAUGUGAAGGAUUUGCCAAUUCUGCCAGGAGAGAUGUUCAAGUAUAAAUGGACAGUUGCUGUACAAGAUGGACCAACUAAAUCAGACCCACGAUGUCUGACUCGCUAUUAUUCUAGUUUCAUUAACCCAGAGAAAGACCUAGCUUCAGGACUCAUUGGCCCUCUUAUCAUAUGCUACAAAGAAUCUGUGGAUCAAAGAGGAAAUCAGAUGAUGUCAGACAACAGAAAUAUCAUCCUAUUUUCUGUAUUUGAUGAGAACCGAAGCUGGUAUCUCACAGAGAAUAUACAGCGCUUCCUCCCCAAUGCAACUGGAACAUGGCUCCAGGAUCCUGAGUUCCAGGCCUCUAACAUCAUGCACAGUAUCAAUGGCUAUAUUUUUGAUAGCUUGCAGUUUUCAGUUUGUUUGCAUGAGGUGACAUACUGGUACAUUCUCAGUGUUGGAGCACAGACAGACUUCUUAUCUGUCUUCUUCUCUGGAUAUACUUUCAAACACAAAAUGGUGUAUGAAGACACACUUAUUUUGUUCCCAUUCUCAGGAGAAACUGUCUUCAUGUCUAUGGAAAACCCAGGUCUAUGGGUCCUGGGGUGCCAUAAUUCAGACUUUCGGAACAGAGGCAUGUCAGCCUUACUGAAAGUUUCUAGUUGUGACGAGAGUACUAGUGAUUAUUAUGAAGAAAUAUAUGAAAAUAUUCCAACAUACUUGGUGAAUGACAACAGUUUCAUUGAUUCCAGAAGCUUCUCCAAGAAUUCAAAGCACCCUAACAGUAGGCAAACGAAAUCCAGAGCCACCACAAUUCCAGAAAAUGAUGUACAGAAGAUUGAGCAUCAGUUUGGAGAGAGAUCAGAAGUGCUUAAAGUACAAAGUGUCUCUCCUAGUGGCUUGUUGAUGCUUUUGGGACAGAGUCAUCCUACUCCACAUGGGUUAUCCUCACCAGAUGGCCAAGAAGCCAUAUAUGAGGCUAUUCCUGAUUAUUAUUCACCUGGUGCAAUUGACAGCAAUGAAGGCCUAGCUAAAGUGGCACAACUUGAGUCAGAACCCCAUCACAUUGAGAGUAUAGUAUUUACUCCUGAGCCAGGCCUCCAAUUAAGACCAAAUGAGAAUUUGGGGACAGCUAUAGCAGCAGAAUUGAAGAAACUUGAUUUGAAAGUUUCUAGUUUGCCAAAUAAUAUGACUGCAACAAUUCUAUCAGACAAUUUGACAGCAAGUUUUGAAAAGAGAGGUUCCUCAGGAUCCCCAAAUAUGCCAGUUCACUUUGGUAAUGAAUUGAACACUAGUACAUUUGAUGAAAACACAUAUCCCCUUAUUGAAUCUCAUGUACCUCUAAACAUUAGUGAAAGAAAUAAUGAUUCCAAGUUGUUAGAUGCAGCUUUAGUAAAUAGUCAAGAAAGUUCACCAGGAAAUAAUGUAUCAUCCGUGAAGAAUGACACAUUACUCAUAGAGAAGAGGCUUCAUGGAUUUGCCUUGUUGACCAAAGAUAAUUCUUUAUUCAAAGAUAAUAUCCCUUUGAUAAAAACAAAUAGGGUAUAUAAUGAUUCCACAACUAAUGGGAAACCCCACAUUGAUAGUCCAACAAUGACUGAGAAUGGUACAUCAUUUUUGCUAGAUACUGUAUUAAAAAUCAAUACUGAGAUUCAAGAAAUAGCAUCUUUGAUUAAGAAUGAAACACUUACAGGCAAAAAUACUACAGUUUUGAGGCUGAACCAUGAGUUAAAUAAAACUGCCUCAUCAAAAAAUAAAGAAAUAAUUCAUAAAAAAAAUGAAAGUUCUGUGCUACAAGAUGCAGAAAGUAUAGAUAUGCCAUUCUUCAAGGUAGUUUUCUUGCCAGAAUCAGAAAUUUUGAUGAAAAGUGCCCAUGGAAAGAACUGGAAUUCUGGACAAGAGCCUAGUCCAAAGCAAUUAGUAUCUUUAGGAUUGGAAAAGUCUGGGAAAAAUCAGAAGUUCUUGUCAGGGAAGAAUAAAGUGGGUGAAGAACAAGAUGGAUUCACAAAGGAUACAGGACUCCAAGACACAGUUUUUCCAAGAAACAGAAGCAUAUUUCAUGCUACUUUGGCUAAUGUACAAGAAAAUAAGAUACACAAUCAAGAAAAAAAUAUUAAGGAAGAAACACAAAAGAACAAAGCAUCAAUCCAAGAUAAAGUAGUUCUGCCUCAGUUGUAUACAGCAACCGGCUCUAAGAAUUUCCUGAAAGACCUUUUCUUACUAAGCACUAGGCAAAAUAAGAGUUUAGAUGAAGAGGCAUAUGCACCAAUACUUCAAGACUUCAGAUCAAUAAACAACUCAACAAAUACAGUACAGAUUCACAUGACCCAUUUCUUAAAAACAAAGGAGGAACAGGAAACAAAUUCAGAAGUUGUGGUAAAUCAGACCGAGGAAAGGGCAGAGAACUACCCAAGUCAGAAGAAUGUUAUUGCUAAACGUAGUAAACGGACUUUGGAACAAUUCAGACUCCAAAUAGAUGAAACAGAGCUUGAAAUGUGGCAAAUUGUGGAUAAUACCUCAACUCAGUCUCCCUCAUCAGAUUCUCCUAUGAGGAAAACCACCACUCAGACUAAUAGUUCUACAUCACCACCUACAGAUCUCAUAAGGAUCCCAUCCCAUAACAACUUUCUUCAUGCUCUGACAUCAUCCCAUAGUUAUUCCUUUAAGACAAAUAGUUCUAGAGUUCAAGAAAGCAGUCAUUUCUUAAAAGGAGCCCCCCAAAAUAACCUUUCUUUAGCCAUCCUACCAUGGGAAAUGAUCAGAAAUCAAAGGAAGUUUGACUCCCUGGGGGCAAGUGACUCAAACUCAACCACAUCUAAAAACCUUGAGAACACUGUUCUCUUAAAACCAGUCUUUCCUGAAGCGUCUGACAAAGUUGAAUUGCUUCCUCAAGUUCCCAUUCAUGAAGAAGAACUUUUACCUACAGAAGCUAGCCAUGAAUCUCCUGGCCACCUAGAUGUCAUGGAAAAGACCCUUCUUCAAAAAACAGAGGGUGCUAUUAAAUCGAGUAAAUCAAACAGACCUGGAAAAGUGUCCUUUCUUCAAGGGGCAACUGAAAGCUCUGAAAAGACUGCCUCCAAACUGCUGAAUCAUUUUUCUUGGGAUAGCCAUCAUGCUAUACAGACAGGAAAAAGAGAACGGCAAUUCAAAGAGAAAUCACCAGAAAUUGCAUCCAUUAAGACAAAGGACAUCAUUUUGUCUCUGAACCCUUGUGAAAACAAUCGCUCAACAGUGACAAAUGAAAAACAAAACUGGCCCCAAAGAGAAGCCACUUGGGUAAAGCAAGGAGGGACUCAGAAGUUGUGCUCUCAAAAUCCACUGGUCUUGAAACGCCAUCAAAGGGAAAUAACCCUUACUGCUCUACAGUCAGAGCAAGAAGCAACUUAUGAUGAUGCCAUUGCAGUUGAAACAAACAGAGAAGAUUUUGACAUUUAUGGUGAGGAUGAAAAUCAGGAUCCCCGCAGCUUUCAGCAGAAAACCCGGCACUAUUUUAUUGCAGCUGUGGAGCGCCUCUGGGACUAUGGGAUGAGUGUAUCUUCUCAUAUUCUAAGAAAUAGGGAUCACAGUGGCAAUGCCCCUCAGUUCAAGAAAGUCGUUUUUCAGGAGUUUACUGAUGGUUCUUUUAGUCAACCCUUAUACCGUGGAGAACUUAAUGAACACUUGGGGCUCUUGGGGCCAUAUAUAAGAGCAGAAGUUGAAGACAACAUCAUGGUAACUUUCAAAAACCAGGCCUCUCGUCCCUACUCCUUCUAUUCUAGCAUCAUUUCUUAUAAGGAAGAUCAGAGGCAAAGAGAAGAACCUAGAAGAAACUUUGUUAAGCCUAAUGAGAUCAAAACAUACUUUUGGAAAGUGCAACAUCAUAUGGCACCCACUGAAGAUGAGUUUGACUGCAAGGCCUGGGCUUAUUUUUCUGAUGUUGAUUUUGAAAGAGAUGUGCACUCAGGCUUGAUUGGACCCCUUCUGAUCUGCCACACAAACACCCUGAGCUCUGCUCAUGGAAGACAAGUGACAGUGCAAGAAUUUGCUCUGUUUUUCACUAUCUUUGAUGAGACCAAAAGCUGGUACUUCAUUGAAAACAUGGAAAGGAACUGCAAGGCACCCUGCAAAAUUCAGAGAGAAGACCCCACUUUCAAAGAGAAUUAUCGCUUCCAUGCAAUCAAUGGUUAUGUGAUGGAUACACUACCAGGCUUAGUAAUGGCUCAGGGUCAGAGAAUUCGAUGGUAUCUACUCAACAUGGGCAACAAUGAGAACAUUCAAUCUGUUCAUUUCAGUGGACAUGUGUUCACCAUAAGGAAAAAAGAGGAAUAUAAAAUGGCAGUGUACAACCUCUACCCAGGUGUUUCUGAGACAGUGGAAAUGCUACCAUCCAGAGUUGGAAUUUGGCGGGUAGAAUGCCUUAUUGGAGAGCACUUACAUGCUGGAAUGAGCACUCUUUUUCUUGUGUACAGCAAGCAGUGUCAAAUUCCUCUGGGAAUGGCUUCUGGAAGCAUCAGAGAUUUUCAGAUUACUGCUUCAGGACAAUAUGGACAGUGGGCUCCAAACCUGGCCAGACUUCAUCACUCUGGAUCAAUCAAUGCCUGGAGUACCAAUGAGCCCUUUUCCUGGAUCAAGGUGGAUCUUUUGACACCAAUGAUUAUUCAUGGCAUCCAGACCCAGGGGGCCCGUCAGAAAUUUUCUAGCCUGUACAUUUCUCAAUUUAUCAUCAUGUAUAGUCUUGAUGGGAAGAAGUGGCUGACUUAUCGAGGAAAUUCUACUGGAACCUUAAUGGUCUUCUUUGGCAAUGUGGAUUCAUCUGGGAUUAAGCACAAUAUUUUUAAUCCUCCAAUUAUUGCUCGGUACAUCCGUUUGCAUCCAACUCAUUAUAGCAUCCGCAGUACUCUUCGCAUGGAGUUGAUAGGCUGUGAUUUAAACAGUUGCAGUAUACCAUUAGGAAUGGAGAGUAAAGUAAUAUCAGAUGAACAAAUUACUGCUUCAUCCUAUUUCACCAAUAUAUUUGCCACUUGGUCUCCUUCACAAGCUCGACUUCACCUCCAGGGAAGGACUAAUGCCUGGCGACCCAAGGUAAAUAAUCCAAAAGAGUGGUUGCAAGUGGACCUCCGAAAGACAAUGAAAAUCACUGGAAUAAUAACCCAGGGAGUGAAAUCUCUCCUUACCAGCAUGUUUGUAAAAGAGUUCCUCAUCUCCAGUAGUCAAGAUGGCCAUCACUGGACUCUCCUUUUUCACAAUGGCAAAGUAAAGGUUUUUCAGGGGAAUCGGGACUCCUUCACACCUAUGGUUAACUCUCUAGACCCACCGUUACUCACUCGCUAUCUUCGAAUUCACCCCCGGAUCUGGGAGCACCAGAUUGCCUUGAGGCUGGAGAUUCUGGGCUGUGAAGCCCAGCAGCUGUACUGAGGUGGCCUCUGUAGCCCCUGCCCAUGACCCUGGCCUCCUUCCUCAGCUCCAGGAUAUUUCCUAGCCAACUCAAGACCAGCAUCCCUUUCAAUUCUAUACCACCCCACACAGUUCAUGCCACCAUCAUUUUAUUUAAGUCUAUAGAAUUGUAUAAGACACUGCUCUGACACUUCCCAAAUUAUUAAUCCUGCUUGUUCUAAAAACUUAAGUCUCUCACAGAGUCAGUACUUCCUCUCUUAUGGAAAGACAAUAUAAUAAAAAGUGGCAGAAAAUAUUUAUGACAGAAGCAUUGCAGAUUGAGCGUCAUACAUUUAAAAUAAGGCUCUCACUUGUUUAUUAUCCUGAUCAAGCAUGGAACAGAAAUAGGUUAGGACAGGAGUGUUUAAUUAUUGGGAACCUUUAAAUAUGUCCUCUUGAAAUAUGUGAUGGCCAAAAAAAGUGACAAUGGCAAUAGUCUUCUAAAAGACAUUUAAAAAACAUUUCGACAGAAAAAUUAGGAAAAUCUAAACAUUGAAGUUCUAAUAAUGACUUUGUCGUAUUCAUACCCACGCCUAAUUCACUACUAAAGAAACACCCCAAAAAUACAACAGAAAAUUUUGUACUAUAGGCAUAUAGUUGAAAUAUCAAGGAAUCACAUGAAAACUCAGCUGUUGAAAGCAGUCAGCAGUCCAGCUGUGCUUUGCCACAUUCUCCCCAGAAGCUUAGGAAUGCCUCACUGGUCCUUCCACCUCUGCCGUCUAUUACAAUUACAGGAACACAUCAUGGCAUCAAAGAUGAGCUCCCAAGCAGUCAGAGGAUAUAUCAGAAGGUUUCAGCCCAGGAUGAUGUGAAAAUGGGAAUUUCUAAUAAGAAAAAAAUUUGUCCUAGUCUCAGAAAAGGCAAAAGAAUUGCUGUGGUUGUUAUUUUUGUGCUAGCACAUUUUCUAGUAAUCUCUACUUGACCCUUCUGUGACUCUUUUGGAGAUUAUAACGCAGCUGCCAAAUCUGUCACGCUCCAUAAGUUAAUAAAAGUGAAGAUGGUAAAGUUCUAUAAGGCUGCAGGUUAACUUACAGAUAUUAGUCAAUUGUCUUGUUUUAUUAACUUAAGAGAGUUAAGUUAUCCAAAUGAUAUGGUUUUAUUUCCUAUAAAAUUCAAAUCACUCAUAUCUUAGGUUAGAUUAUUAAAUUAUAAUCCAAUUUUGACAGUCUCUUCCCAUUAAUGAUACAGCUCUAUUUCUCAAAUACUCUUGGAACCAACUGUUUCAUAUUCCUGCUAGUUUCUUCAGUCAUGAGCUAAUAAAACUUUGAUGCAUAUAAAUGAAUGCCUUUGAGAAUUUUUAUACUAGAAAUAAAUAUGUGAGUAAUGAAUGAUACUUUAAAAACAGAUAAGAGGACAUGAAGUUUGAAGGGAUGGAGUAAAUCUUGAAGUAGGGGCAUUAGAAGGGAGUGAAUACGAUAAAAAUACAUUGCAUGUAUAUAAAAUUCUCAAUUAAUAAAAAUGUAUGUUUUAAAACAGCCAUUCAAUGGCAGAGUGGACACUACAAAAUCCAGUUUGUGUGUUAGAAUACCUCAUUAAAUUGAACUCAGAAUAAGAAAGUACAAUAUGAUUUAUGGAGAGGAAAUAAAAUCAGAAGUGGAGCCUCAGUCUGUGAGAAGAGCCUAGAGAAAGAUGAGAUAUGAGGAGUUGCUAUUCAGUGGGUGGAAAGUUAUAAUGCAUGGGUCUAGAGAGAUGGCUCAGCAAUUAAAAGCACUGGGUGCUCUUGCAGAAGACCCAGGUUUGG